AUGAAGCGUCUAGCUGGGUUGGAACAGCGUGGUGUGAGGCAUGAUGGUGGGGGAAGUUCCUCCAACUCGAGUACAGCGAGUGCGAGUGGCAGUGGCAGCGCUAACCCGAUUGGGUCUGGGGCGAUUCCCCUUCACAUCGGCGAGACCCAACCAGCAUCAAACCCCAACAACGAGGACCAAGUGCUCGAUACCGAUUCCCAUCUUCUCGAUUGCGCCGCCAUCAUCGAGGGUGACGGCUCUUCCUCCCCUUCCAAGGCACCCUACGCGCGUGGGCAUCGCCGUCGUUCCACCCACGUUACUCGCCGUGACCUUGAGAAGUUUCAAAAGGAGGUCUUAGGUGUGGAAAACCACGCCUCCUUCUAUGACGAGGAAAACGGCACCUCGCACCCUAUCAACCCGAACGACCCACAACUCGAAGAACUCAACCGUGCCUUUACCGUCGCCGACCUCUCGAUGAACAACACUGCGGGAAUGACGGCCAACGGUUCCGCCUCGGGCAUGUUCUCCGGCUACGCAGACAGCUCCCAGGGUAACCCCAAUAUGGGCAAUGCCCCUCGUCAGUCAAUGUCGCCCGCACUCUCUCAUCCCGCUGCGCAAGUGAAUGGGGGUGGCAUGGGAUCCUUCGCACCCGGCAUGCCUAUGAACGCGGGGCACCAGAUGGAUCUUCAUCAUCUGUAUGACAUGGUCUUGGAACUGAGCGAUGUGCUGAAGAACAACCGGGAGGUGACGAAGAAUAUUGUUUCGAGUGCUGAGGAUAUCAUGAAACACGGCUCUUCGGACGAUGCCAGCCCAGCCUUGCAGCGAGUCAAUGGUGAAAUAUCAGCGGCCCGAAUUUCAGAACUCGAACGCGCUCUCGCCAAGGAGAAACGACAGACCGAGGAACUCAAACGCGAGCAAGUAGAGAAUGCUAAACUCAUUGGGGAAUAUGAGGCCAACGUAGGCACGAUGGUCGAACAAAUCCGCACUUACUGCCAAAACAACAACAUGCAUUUCCUUCACCAGAAGAACCAUUACAACCAACUCCUCCAAGCUGAGCGUGAUGCUCAUUUGGACAGUCGACUGGACCGUGAUUACUGGCAUACACAGACAAUGAAAUGUGCGGAGAUGAUCCGCACAGCUCACCGAAUUCGAUCCGACGAGGAGGCCACCCCCGUCCGCAUCAUUGCCGGUCUGCAGAACGAGGUUCGGGCAUACCGCAAUGCGCUGGGGAUGGAGCCUGAGCAACCCGAGGAUGAGUAUGGCUGGGAAAUCCUCAAGGACGUCCCCAGUGCAGACUGA